AUGUUUAUAAAUAGAUUUAAAAUAAAUAAUAACCAUCAAAAUAAAAUAUAUUAUAAUUUAAAAUAUUUCAGUACCUCGCAAACUAUAAUAAAACCACCACCAUAUAACAUUUUAUUCUUUGGUACCGAUAAUGUCUCAUUACCAAUUUUAAAAGCAUUAAAUGAAAACAAAACCACAAGAGGUGAUAUUGUCAAAGAAUUACAGGUAGUUUGUCCAAAAUCAAAAAAGAGAGAAGAGGUCGAAUCGUAUUCAAUACAAAAUAAUAUUAAAAUUACACACCCAGACGAGGAAAAAGGAAUGAAAGGAUUUCAAGUGCCAACAACAGAAUCAAACCAACAACCAUUCGAUUUAGCUGUAGUAGUAUCAUUUGGUCACUUUAUACCAAAAUCAGUAUUAUCGCAAUUUAAAUAUGGUGGAUUAAAUAUGCAUCCAUCACUAUUACCUAGACAUAGAGGUGCCGCUCCAAUCUAUCAUACUAUUCUCAAAGACGACAAAGAAGCUGGUAUUUCAAUUAUCGAACUACAUCCAGAAAGAUUCGACUGUGGUAAAAUUUUAAGUCAAGUUAAACUAAACAAUUAUGAUAAUUCAAUACUAUAUAAUCAAUUAUUAAAUCAACUAUCAAAUUUAGGUACUGAAACAUUAAUGGAAACUCUUCAAGAUUUCCCAAAUAAAUCUAUGAACUCUUUUGAUCAACCAGAGCAAGGUAAAACACUAGCUUCAAAAGUAAAUAAAGAUAUAUCGAAAGUUAACUGGGAAAAUUCGACUCAAAAAGAAAUUUGGAUUCAUUAUAGAGCUUUCAGCGACAACAUUAGUUUACAUGGUAUGAUUUAUAAUAAAAAGUAUAAAACAAAUAAAAGAAUCAAGUUUAGAAAAAUGUUACCCCCACUUGGAAUUUAUGAAGCCCACGAUUUAGAAAAUAAAACUAUUUACCAAUCAUUAGAAACAGACUUGGAAAGCUAUUAUAAUCGUUGUGGUGGUAACUCUCAAAUACCUUUUGGAACCUACUUUUUAGAAACUGAUAAAUCAAAACCAUACAGCAAUAUUUUAUGGACCAAAUGUAAAGAUGGUUGGGUUGGCUUUACUGAACUUUAUGAAGAGGGCAAAAAGAAUGAUGUUAAAGCUCACGAAUUUAUAUUUGGUAAAAAUACAGUUUCAAUUAAUAAUAAUAAAGAAACAAUACCCCAAAACCAAGUGGUUAUUUAA